CUCUUUUUAAAUCCCUGCUGAAGACAAGACUUUUAUGAAGAUACAUUAAAAGCAUGAUUUUAAUUAGCUAUUAGCUAAUGGCUAUUUUUUUAAUUCUCCUUCCUCCUGUCUUUGUUAGUAAUUUUAUGAUAUGAAGCACUUUUACUUGAAAUUGACAGCCUGGUCUCAGACUAGAUGUAACAUAGUAAAUGUAAAUCUGUGAAAUGCAAAAUAGUAUGAUAUGUUACUUUUGGUAUGGUUACAUAACAGAUGGUUAAUUAAAUGAAAGCAAAGUGGUUGACUGGGUGGGCGUAUAAGGCGAACGUCUAGCAACCCAAAGGUUGAGAGUUUGAACCUCAUCACGGACAACUUUAGAAACUGCUUACUACUUUUUUGCUACUUUGCAACUACUUAACAUGCUAGCUAACCCUUCCCCUAACCCUUUUAGCUAACCAUAACCAUUUUAGCUAACCAUUUCCCUGACCUUAACCCUAACCCCAAGCCUAGCUAACAUUAGCCAGCUAGCUAAAGUUAGCCACCUAGCUAUAUUUUGUAACAUACUGUAUGUUUUAUUGUAAUUUGUAACAUAUCAUACAAAAUGGGUGGUGAACAUCCUUAAAUUAAUACAUACCCUACAAAACGUAACACAUCAUACUAUAUACAGUGUCUUUCGAAAGUAUUCAGACCCCUUGACUUUUUCCACAUUUUGUUACGUUACUGGUUUAUUCUAAAAUGUAUUAAAUUGCUUUCCUCCCUCAAUCUACACACAGUACCCCAUAAUGACAAAGCAAAAAUAUUUAUAAAAACUGAUAUGCCAUUUACAUAAGUAUUCAGACCCUUUACUGAGUACUUUGUUGAAGCACCUUUGGCAGCGAUUACAGCAUCGAGUCUUCUUGGGUAUGACGCUACAAGCUUGGCACACCUGUAUUUGGGGAGUUUCUCCCAUUCUUCUCUGCAGAUCCUCUCAAGCUCUGUCAAGUUAGAUGGGGAGCAUUGCUGCACAGCUAUUUUCAGGUCUCCCCAGAGACUUUCGAUCGGGUUCAAGUCCGGCUCUGGCUUGGCCACUCAAGGACAUUCAGAGACUUGUCCCGAAGCCAGUCCUAUGUUGUCUUGGCUGUGUGUUUAGGGUUGCUGUCCUGUUGGAAGGUGAACCAUUGCCCCAGUCUGAGGUCCCGAGCGCUCUGGAGCAGGUUUUCAUCAAGGAUCUCUCUGUACUUUGCACCGUUCAUCUUUCCCUCAUACCUGACUAGUCUCCCAGUACCUUCCACUGAAAAAGAUCCCCACAGCAUGAUGCUGUCACCACCAUGCUUCACCGUUGGGAUGGUGCCAGGUUUCCUCCAGAUGUGAAGCUUGGCAUUAAGGCCAAAGAGUUCAAUCUUGGCUUCAUCAGACCAGAAAAUCUUGUUUCUCAUGGUCUGAGAGUCCUUUAGGUGCCUUUGGGCAAACUCCAAGCGGGCUGUCAUGUGCCUUUUCAUGAGGAGUGGCUCCUGUCUGGCCACUCUACUAUAAAGGCCUGAUUGGUGGAGUGCUGCAAAGAUGGUUGUCCUUCUGGAAGGUUUUCCCAUCUCCACAUAGGAACUCUGGUGCUCUGACAGAUUGACCAUCAGGUUCUUGGACAUCUCCCUGACCAAGGCCCUUCCCCCCCGAUUGCUCAGUUUGGCCAGGUGGCCAACUCUAGGAAGAGUCUCUGUGGUUCCAAACUUCUUCCAUUUAAGAAUGAUGGAGGCCACUGUGUUCUUGUGGACCUUCAAGGCUGCAGACAUUUUUUGAUAUCCUUCCCCAGAUCUGUGCCUUGGCACAACCCUGUCUCAGAGGUCUACGGACAAUUCCUUCGACCUCAUGGCUUGGCUUUUGCUCUGACAUGCACUGUCAACUGUGGGACCUUAUUUACACAGGUGUGUGCCUUUCCAAAUCAUGUACAAUCAAUUGAAUUUACCACAGGUGGUUUCCAAACAAGUUGUAGAAGCAUCUCAAGGAUGAUCAAUGGAAAUAGGAUCCAUUUCGAGUCUCAUAGAAAAUAUGCUGAAUACUUAAGUAAAUAAGGUAUUUGCUUUUUAUUUUAAAUACACUUGCUAACAUUUCUAAAAACCUGUUUUCGCUUUGUCAUUAUGGGAUAUUGUGUGUAGAUUGCUGAGGGGAUAAAAAAUAUAUAUUUUUGAAUAAGGCUAACGUAACAAAAUGUGGAAAAAGUCAAGGGGUCUGAAUACUUUCCGAUGGGCUGUAGAGUGUCAUAGAUUUCCAUACAGAAUAAUAUGAAAUGCUCUGAGACAAGGUUGCUAUUGAAAAGCACAAUAGAAAUAAAGUUAACGUUGUAUCCUCGAGCUACAUCUAUUGUUACAAAAUGUUAAUAAGUGACACCUCUGAUUAUGACCUUAUGAACUGCGUUGCCCUGGGAAACGGAUGCGCAUUGUCAUGAAGGUUCGUGCUCCUGUCAAAAGAAGAUACCGAUAGCAAGUUAGCUUGUCAGCUGGGCUAGCUAAAUACCACUUGUAGCCUACAAAAAGGUAAUUAAGAAUGCAAGUGCAACUCAUUAAUUUGUCAAUUAUUGAACAGCUAAUAAGGAAUUUCAUAACUUUUAGCUUUUGCCUUUGGCCAAUUUUAUAGUUUUUCUGGUCAUUAUUAAAGCAAGGGUGAUACAGUAGCUAGCUAGCUAACGUUAUUUAACUAGCUAAAAAUGCAAAUUUUUCAAAAUGAAUAUGAAAUAUCCAAGCCUAUAGUAACUAGUUAACUUCUAGCUAACUUUGGAUAACAUUAUUUUUGCAUGUAAUGAGUGUUUGUCAUGUCAAUGAUGGAUAACAAUUCAACAACAACGUUGAGUAUUGAACAUUUCCAGAUUGUUGGUCUAUGAAAAAUGUUAACCUGUAUGUAUGGUUUCCGUAGAUUGAACCAACCGGUUCAUGACAUUACAGCGCUGUCAGCCAUGUCCAGACUACAUCACCUGUAUGGCCUGUUGAGGUACCUGAUGAUGUCACUCAGUGGCUUCAUAUUUGUGAGUGGCCUUGUGCUGUUUGGCCUAGGCGUGUGGAUUAGGUACGGGGCGGCCACCUUUGUCCAGGUGAUGGGCUCUUUCUCGGCACAGCUGGUGACCAUCAGCUAUGUGUGUAUGUGCCUGGGGGCCAUCCUGUCUCUGCUGGGGUUCAUUGGCUGCUACGGGGCCUGGAGCGAGAACCGCUGCCUCAUCUUGCUGUAUUUCUUCAUCGUGUCCAUGAUGUUUACAGCUGAGGUUACUGGGGUUAUUUUCAUCUUGGUGUACAAAGAUCUGGUGGAGGUUAUGAUUCGUGGAGCCAGUAAGGACUCUUUACGGAUGUCCUAUAUGGGACCAACGGCUUCAGACCCCAUAUCAACAGCCUGGAACACCAUCAUGGUCCAUUACAAGUGCUGUGGCUUUGACAACUCCACGGAUGACUUCAAGAACUCCGCGUUCAGUGCUAACACUGGCCUGUUGUACCCCAAGACGUGCUGUGUUGACCUGACGAGCACCGCCUGCGACGGCCUCGACACCACCCAGGGCCUGAUACACCCAAAGAGCUGCAUUAACAAACUGAUCAAUGUGAUCCGGGACCAGAGCGUCAUCUUUGGCUCCACUGCUUCUGGGAUCUGUGUCAUGGAGUUGGCGUCCAUGAUGGUGUCAGCAGUGUUGUUCGUCAGACUAGGCAACACCUAUUAUUAGACCAGCAGCAACACAGACAACAGAGCCUGACCCAGGCAUGGUAGGUCAACCAGACCAGAGACAACACCAUAAUAAAUGAGACUUGCAGAUGAAGCCUCCUUGUCAGUAGACUGUGGUUAUUGUGGUGCUUAGGGUUUAUGGUAG